UUUCUUCAUUGUUGCGUUUGUUACCAGAAAAUAUUUUUCUCAUUCGUCCUCCUUUGAUCCUCGCAUUUUGCAAGCAGGUUAACAUUGUUCUCAUUCAUCAUUCUUCAUCCUCGCGUUGUGAACGUUCUUCUUCUUCUUCUUCAUUCUCCUUUUUCGUCCAAGCGAGAAGAACACAAGAUGUCUUCUUCUUCUUCUUAGAUUCGAAUCCAAAAAUUAUUGUUUGUAGUUGUAAAAAGACCCCAAAGGUUGAAACUUCAAAAAUUGCAAAGAAUCGACAAGAGGAAGAACACGGCUUGGAGAAAGAACAUGACUUGGACGAAAAAGAUGUAGAAAGGAAUAAAUGCGGCUUGGAGGCUGCUGCUGUCGUCAGCGAGCGAGGAGAGAAAUCAGUGUCUAGUGAGCGUGCGUAGAGUGAAGGUGAAAGCUUUAGGUGUGAUUUAGAAACUUAGGAGUACUUAUUUAUGAUUUUAGGAAUUAAUUAAAUUAUAGUUGAAUUCACGUCAAUAUUAUUUGUAAAAUUAAAUUCAUAUCAAUAUCAAUGUCACAUUAAUUUUACGGUAGGUAACCGGAGAUAAUAUAUGCAUUUAACCAUUAAUCGAAUAUUACACGAAGGCCCUCUCCCCUUCUCGGCUUUCUACCCUUUCUGUUUCUCACGUAGAUUUUUGCGGUUUGAUGUUGUAUAGAAAUAGAAAUCAUUCACAACAACGACGCAAUAAUUCGCAACCCAAUUUUUGAGAAGCAUGGAUGAUUAACCCCUUUUUCACGAUACACACAAAAAAUGGCACUCGCUUUUCGAUCCAUCCUCACAAACAAGAAUCCAAUCUCUUCUCUUAUCCCUUUGUCACCAACUUAUAUUCCCAAGCCGCCAAAUUCCCCAUUUCUACCCCCAAAUUCAGGACCCCAUUUCCCAAAUCACAUGUUCUUGACAUGCGCAUCCCGGCUUUCCCCCCUCAGAAAGACCAGCGCCUCUUCCGAUGACCUGUACAGCCAAAUUGACUGCAGCAAGGGCACCAGCUCCAGCAAUUUCAAUUUUGAUGAUCUUCUCUCAGUUUUUGAAUUCUUAAGUCUAACUAUCUCGGCUGCCGUAUCCUUAUAUGUAGCAGUAAGCUACGGAGUGCAAAAAGGGGCGGUUUUUGGGUGGGUGGGGAGCAAGGUUUUUGUAUGGCAGUGUGUGUUGUUGGUGGUGAGCGUCGUGGUUGGGGCGGUGAUACGGCGGCGGCAGUGGCGGAGGGUGUGCGGCGCCGGGUUCUCAAAGGGGACUAAUUUGUUGAGGAGAGUGGAGAAAUUGGAGGAGGAUUUGCGCAGCUCGGCCACCCUCAUUCGGGUCUUGUCGAGGCAGCUUGAGAAGCUCGGUAUUCGGGUUCGGGCCGCCCGGAAAUCUCUUAAAGAACCAAUCUCUGAGACUGCAGCAUUGGCACAGAAGAACUCCGAGGUCACUCGAGCGCUGGCAGCACGUGAAGACAUUUUGGAGAAGGAACUCGGUGAGAUCCACAAGGUUCUGCUAGCUAUGCAGGAACAACAACAGAAACAACUCGAGCUCAUUCUUGCAGUUGGGAAAGCUAAGAAUUUGUUGAACACGAAACCUACGCAAACUAUCGACCAGAAUAAACCAGAGGCUUCAAACUCAUCGUCAGUGCAUGGAGAACAAAAUACAGAAAUAAACAAAAUCGAGACUCUGGAUGUUGCAAACGCAAGCCAAUAACGACAGUGCGGUCUAGACUUCCAGUUGGGAGGAGUGGUUUUGUUUUUGAAAAUUGAUCAUUAUUGAUGAAAUCAUGUUGUUGUUGUUGUUGGACUUGUAGAUGAAAACAUGUUGUUACAUGAAGUUAAAUGAUGAUGGAGCUAUAGGCUAUAGCCCUAUGUUUCUGUGAUACUGACUUGCUGAGUUAGAAUGUUUGUUGUAACACUGAAAAGAGUUAUCAACAUAAAUUUAUUGGAGGAGAGAACAUGUAUAUCAA